AUGGCUUUUAAACUUUACUAUUCAACGGCACUAUGGCCAGUAACCGAACAGGUCCAUGACGAGGAUGUGAUGCAGCUGGAUCAAGAUGAAAUGCCUGGUCUAAGUGAAGCAAAAGAAGGAUUGUCGACUGAGGGCGAUAACACAGAGACAACUUGUACUAUUUCUGUAAAGAACCAGGACGAUUUGGUAUCCGAUGACUUGGCGGAAUAUUCCUCGACAAGUGAAUAUUUCCAGGAGAUGGAUCAAACUGCAUUA